ACAUAAGGGUCGUUGGGAUAAUUCCGCCGAACGACGUCGGAUGACUCUGGUUUUCGGAAGCUCAAAGUCCAAAACGCCAGGAGCCAGAAAAAUCGAAUGCGUGUGAUUUUCAAAGUUCUGUGAAUUCAUAAUUAAAUCUCCGGAGCCAUUCACCAAAAUCAAAUUUCUGUCAGAUUCUUCUCUUAUAUCUCCAUAUCCACUUAGUCCAACAACCAUUUCUUGAUCUUUUUUGCUUUCUCCUUGGUGCUGUCAGUUUAUUGCGUUGCUGAUGAGAGUAUCUACACCCUUUUAAGGUUGAAGCUGUUGGUUUAACUAUGUUGACGACGAUAACCUUCAACAGUUGCCAACCACAUAUGGAAAUGCAAGAACCUACUAAUUCCAAGUUGAUUCAUGCUUGCAAUUCCAAGUUUCACAAGGGAUAUUGGUCCAACUUGUCUUGUUCUCAAAAUUUCAGUAAUCAGCUCAAACUUCAAAGUUUCUCCCACCAAACAACUUCAAGGAGGUGGCUGUGCCGCUCUCAAGAUUCUCUCUCUCCAGAAAAUGAGUAUCGGUCAUCGCGUAACAUAGCAAUCAGUUUGUUGAGGCGAUACCGGAAUUUUGUUGAGCGUGGAGGAGGUGACAACUUGAAAGAGUUCAUCAGCGCUGGUGUUAAUGCAUACGAAUUGGGAUGCACGGACGAGGGCUUGAGGAAAGAGCUUACUGAUAUGAAGGAAUCGGGUGUUGAGAUUGAGGCAAUGCAAACCUAUGGUGGAAAUACUGGUCUCAAGUCCAACAUUAUCUCCCAGGAAGUUGAUGAAUGUAUAAUGUGGUUGAGCAUUGUGUUCAUAACUAUUCUUUGCACACCACAACCGACUGUAGUCCGAUGGUCAUCCAGCCCUCCGGUGUCGGAAGAAAUGCUCAUGUAUUGGAAGGGCUUCUGUGCAAUCAUAGCAAAUGCCUACUACAUGAGAGGAAUGGCCUGGCUCCCGGUGAAGACUCUCCAGUUGGAGCAAAUGGCGGUGAUGGGCCGUGCUGAAGAACCAUCGCUCGUGGCCAGCAGAAUGAGACUAGUAUUUAGCACACUUGAGGUGGGUUGGCAUAUCUCUACUUCUCAACUUAGAAUAAAUUACCAAAAACUGAUUUUACUGUCAUAUAAAUGUUGCUUCAGUUCAGCCUAUCCAGUUCUUGUUAUUGCUGCAGGUUGUGAGUCCGCAGUGGCCAAGAGUGUGACAUGAUCCUCUCAAAUCCUGCUCGUCUGCCAACAUGUAAUUUACUGUAUACUAUAUACUCAAAGAUCGCUCCCAAGGUGUAGAGAAUUACCAAAAAUGUUUUCAUGUAUAAUAAUGUCAAUGGGUAGCUAUUAAGCUAUUAUCUCAA